CGGAAGCCCGCGCGGCGAGGGCGGUGCGAUGGCGGCGGCGGCGGCGGUGGUGGCGGUGUCGGAACCCUGGCCCGAGCUGGAGCAGGCGGAGCGGCAGCGGCGGCGGGAGCUGCUGCUGACGGGGCCCGCGCUGGAGGAGCGCGUGCGGGCGGCGGGCGGGCGGCUGCCGCCGCAGCUCUUCACGCUGUCGCUGCUGCACUACCUGGAGGUGAGCGGCUGCGGGAGCCUGCGCGAGCCGGGCCCGGGCCUGGCGCAGGGCCUCCCGCAGCUGCAGAGCCUCGUGCUGCGGCGCAACGCGCUGGGGCCCGGCCUGAGCCCUCAGCUCGGCCCGCUGCCCGCGCUGCGCGUGCUCGACCUGUCGGGCAACGCGCUGGAGGCGCUGCCGCCGGGCCAGGGCCUGGGCCCCGCCGAGCCGCCGGGCCUGCCGCAGCUGCAGAGCCUCAACCUCAGCGGCAACCGGCUGCGAGAGCUGCCCGCGGACCUGGCGCGCUGCGCCCCUCGCCUGCAGACGCUCAACCUCACCGGCAACCGGCUGGACGCUUUCCCCGCCGAGCUCUUCCGCCCCGGCGCGCUGCCGCUGCUCAGCGAGCUGGCGGCGGCGGACAACUGCCUGCGGGAGCUCAGCCCGGACAUCGUGCACCUGGCCUCGCUCAAGACACUGGACCUCUCCAACAACCAGCUGAGCGAAAUCCCGGCGGAGCUGGCCGACUGCCCCCGGCUCAAGGACGUCAACCUGCGAGGGAACCGGCUGAAGGACCGGCGCCUAGAGAAGAUGGUCGGCAGCUGCCAGACCAAGUCCGUCCUGGAGUACUUGCGGGUGGGGGGCCGGGGCAGCGGCAGGGGCAAAGGCAAGGCCGACCCGGAGAAGGACGAGAGCCGGAGGAAGAAGAGGGAGAGGAAGAAGAGGGAAAGUGGCGAGGAGGAGGAGGAGGUGGACGAGGCCGGCCGACUGCUGCUCAGGGUGCUGCAUGUCUCCGAGAACCCGGCCCCGCUGACUGUCACGGUCAGCCCCGAGGUCAGGGACGUCCGGCCUUACAUCGUGGGGGCUGUCCUGAGGGGCAUGGACCUGCAGGCCGGGAACGCGCUCAAGCGCUUCCUCACCUCUCAGACGAAGCUGCACGAGGAGCUCUGCGAAAAGAGGACGGCGGCCACCAUCGCCAGCCACGAGCUCCGAGCCGUCCGAGGGCCCCUGCUGUACACCGCCCGCCCGCCACAGGACCUCAAGAUCGUCCCCCUGGGGCGUAAGGAAGUCAAGGCCAGGGACCUGGUCCGGCAGCUGCAGCUGGAGGCGGAGGAGCACCGGAAGCAGAGGAAGCGGCAGACUGUCUCGGGCCUGCACAGGUACCUCCACCUGCUGGACGGAAAGGAGCAGUACCCUUGCCUGCUUGAUGCGGACGGCGACGUCAUUUCCUUCCCUCCCAUCACGAACAGCGAGAAGACGAAGAUUAGGAAGACGACUUCCGAUUUGUUUCUGGAAGUAACGAGUGCGACAAGUCUGCAGAUUUGCAAAGACGCCAUGGACGCCCUCAUUCUGAAAAUGGCAGAGAUCAACAAAUGUGCUUUAGAAAAUAGAGAGGAGGAAGCGGUCUCAGACACAGACACCAACGCCCUCCCCGGACAGCCUCCGGACGCCGAGACAGAUCCCAGCGUCGGGAAGGGCGGGCCGGCGCCCCUGCUGGUGGAGCAGGUGCGGGUGGUGGACGAGGAGGGCCGCCUGAAGGUGGUGUACCCGUCCAAGACGGACCUGGACCUGCCCGCUGCCCUCGUCACCGUGCUGCGCUGAGACGCAGCCAGCUCGGCUUUCCGCGGGCCCGGGUGUGGGGGCAGCUCACCUGCUGCACUGCCCCCACCCACCCACUCGUCAGCCCUCGCACUGUCUCUCCCGUUCCAGAAGGUUCUGCCGUAAAGGUGUGCCAUGUGGUCACGUGCUUAAGUUCUUCUGUCUGCAGCUGUGACCGCGGCUUUUGACAAAGUUGUUUGGAGUAGCAGGACCCCGUGUUGAGGACGUUCCAAGGUCAGGUGGCUUCACCAGACACUCGGCAGAAAAGACCAGGGUUUGGUGCCGGGCGCCAGGCGGAGCACGCGGCACAGUGCGCGUUUCGUCGGCCCGUGCGGGGCCGCCCGCCGUCACACGGUUCCCAGUCCCACUGCAGAGUGUGGCCUAGAGCCCCGUCUCCGGUCCUUCAUAAACACUCGUCCCCUCA